AUGUGUUAUAGCUAGCAUGUUCUUAAAGUGAAGCAAACACUACUGUUCAGGAGGUGACAUUCUGUGUUAUCAAGCGCUCAUGCGUUGCUAGCUAACUAUGUUUUUUGGUUUGCGGCAUUUACAGUGCUUAAAAUGCCGACACACUUACCUCACAGCUAGUUAACGUUACUCCACAAAGCUGUCAGUGUUAGCCAGCUGCAUUACGAGAGGUAACGUUAGCUAAAAGCGGAACGUCGGUCUACGCGUUCUUAGCACUGAAACUGGCCGUCAUGGGAGGCGUGCGCUGGGCGUUCCGGUGUGGUUCGUGGACGCCGACCCGCUCUGAGUGGCUGCUGGCGGCCCGGUGUGUGCAGCACGAGGAGAAAGAGCGAAUCGGACAGUUCAUGUUUGCCAAAGAUGCCAAAUCAGCCAUGGCUGGCAGGUUGUUGUUGAGGAGGUUGGUGUGUGACAGGAUGGGUGUUCCAUGGGCUGACAUCCGCCUGGAGCGUUCUCCCAGAGGAAAGCCCUACCUGGCCAGCCCAGCCUGCUCCAGCCCUGAAUCCGUGGGCUGGAGUUUUAACAUCUCCCACCAGGGUGACUAUGCUGUGCUGGCUGCAGAGCAGGGGCUGCAGGUCGGGGUCGACGUGAUGAAGACCAACAUGCCAGGUAGCAGUUCUGUCCCAGAGUUUUUCCGUAUCAUGACGAGGCAGUUUACGGAGUAUGAGUGGAUUGUUAUCCGCGGAGCAGGAUCAGAAUGGGAGCAACUGACCAUGUUCUACAGACACUGGGCGUUGAAGGAAAGCUUCAUCAAGGCGAUUGGCACAGGGCUGGGCUUUAACCUACAGAGGGCAGAGUUUCACCUCUCACCUGAGCCAAUAGCAGAGGGCAAGGUGUGUCGCCGGACCACAAUGCACCUGGACGAAGAGGAAGAGGAGGUCUGGACCUUCGAGGAGAGUGUGUUGGGUAAGGACCACCAUGUAGCUGUGGCACUGGGACCAAACCAUACAGUCAGAUCUGUGACUCCCCCUGCCCUCACCUCUCCUCCCCCCUCCUUCACCUUCCUCUCCUUCAGUGACCUCAUCAGCAUGGCCACACCCCUCUUUGAAGAAGACUCCGCCUACUGGGAGAGCUUCCAGAAUAAGGCUGAAGCCCCGGAAAGACAGAGACUCACGCCUAUAGUAUGAGGAAGACAGGUUAGGGUAGGACUGUGGGUAGAGUAAUCUGAUCCUAGAUCUGUGGUUAGUGGAGACAUCAACCUGACCAUGGAAACAAUUGUACUGGUGAGGUGGAGUGGUCAAUGGGCGGAUAGGUGAUGUCACUCCUGUUGAUCUCCAUGCAGGAUCGUACGGGAACAGUCAGUGAACAGCAGGGUUGGUGUUACUGAGGUACCUGGAGGUGCUGGCCACUUACACAACAAAUCAGGUUUAAGCAUUAAAAUAACGUUGGUCCACAGACCAACCCCAGAGUCAAUGUGUUAGUCAAAUGCCAGUGAUGAGAAAUGUUCCACUACUACCAAUUGCUCUUAAUCAUGGUAUUUGAUGAUAAUAAAGCCAUCACAGUAAUACUA